AUGAGCGGCAAGGAGAACGCAACGACGUCCAAGGACCAGCCCAAUGAACAGGGUUACGUUCCCCACAAACCCUUCACUCCGGAAUUCGUCAAGAUCAAUGACGAGGAGGACGAAGCUUGGCGCAAAACAAAGCACAAACUCGAGGAAGUCCACCAGCAAGCCAUGAAGGUGUUUGUCACCUUUACAGAAGAAUUGAUCACGUACGGCAAGAAGUGGGAAGAGACGCUCAAAACCCUACAAGCGUACAAGAAGCGCUACAAAGACCUGCAGGACGACUUCACAACCCUUCUCAACUCGCCCAUGAAAUCAAUGGUGCUGCUCGACAAACAGCAAUUCUGGCAGAUCCCGUUGAUGGUGGACCACGACGCAAGCAACUCGUUGGAUGGGUGGUCGAUCAGAGUAACCCCGAUGAGAACUCACCCAUGGUACGACGCGAACUUCAAGGACAGAAUCCAGCUCGACAGCGCUGAGAAUGCCGAUUUUCUCCCAAGAAACUCCUCGCCGGAGCCCGACCCAUUUCGGGUUCCUCGAACAAGAGAGAACCCAUGGGGCAAUCCGUGGUUUGAGGUUCAUCACCUCCAUCCCAGCACCCUUGUUCCCGAUUAUGCCGCCAAAGUUGCCGCCGCUCGCGCCGCACUCCGCGCUAAGGAUCCGAAAAACAUUGCCUAUUGGGAAGUCGACGAGGAGCCCACCGUCAAGGCAACCGCUUCCUCCAGCAGCACACGUCCGAACGUGCCAUCAGCUUCCCCGGCAGCCACAACCUCAAACACGCAACAGCCCACCGAGCCCACCUCUACUACGGCUCCCGCUCAAACCGCGCGCUCCCUUCGUGCCCAAACCAGAGCUGGACACCGCGAUCCUAGCCCCGCUACCGACGGCACCAACCCUACAACACGCGCUCGUUCUCGCUCUUCUUCCCCCGAACCAUUCAAUCGUUCCCGCAAGCGACUCGCAGCCAAAGAGAAGGGCAAAGGAAAGGCUGCGGACGUUGUCGAGAACAACACCGCCGCCCGCGCCGCUACCUCCCCGUCAACCACCACCGCCGCAACGAAAGCCAGCGCAUCUGCCUCCGGCUCCAGAGCCUUGUCUCCCAAGAAAGACAAAGGAAAAGGCAAAGCCGAAACCGCCUCACCCGGUCCAUCCACCUUUUCCUCCUCUGCCGUCGCAGCCACUGCCCCCGUCAACAACAACAACAACAGGACAAACAAAAUCACCAAGUCCUCAAGCUCCAAGCCCGCCGCCGCCGCUCAGCGUGCCACAAUCAAGCGCUCCCAAGUCAAAAAGGGCAAAUACUGGGCUUUCAAGGCGAAACAACAUCUUCUCGCUGCUGCUGGUUUCGGUACCUCCACAUCUGGCAAGAAGAACGACGACGACGAUGACCACGACAGCGACGACACUGGCCGUGAUGCUGACGAGGGGAGGCACAACGACAACAGCAACAAGUUCUUUAUCCUCACUUGCCCUGCCCCUGAGCUGCUCGGAGUCUGUCUGGGCGAUACUCCAAACUUUGACAGGCAUCCGUUCAAGAGAAACAGAGCGGUGGAGCACUUUGUGGAGUGUGGUGUUGAGGUAGAGGGAGAGGAAGAGAUAUUUGCGAGGUUUGCUAUGGAAGUUGUCCAAGAUACUGCCCGCUGGCCUGUCAACGAUGAAUGGGCAAGGAAACAUAACCAGGGGCUGAUUGGGAAGAGGGACAGAGAUGGGGAUGUGGCUAUGGAGGAUUUGAAGUGA